GUCUGAGAUUUUAUGUGGAAUAGAAUUGUAUUGAAAUAAGACACUUGAAACAAAAUUAAGGAAGAAAUGGAAUAUUUAUCAAUACAUAAUGGAAUGAAGAGUGAACAACUUACAAUCACAACUCACAAGGUUGUUUUUUCAUGGAGCUGCACACCAUAUUCCCAUAUACAAGCAUAUACACCACAAAAUGUCAAAAUCCCAUGAUUCAAGAUUCAAGGGCUUGAAUCAGUGUAGAAAGAGUACCAAAUUGAGAUUGCUGAAGAAAGCAAAGAUGAAAGAAACGCACACAAGUUUAUGGAAUUCAAUUCAAACCGUUUAAAAUGGAUUUCAAAUCUACGAAAUUACCGUUGUCUCUUUCACGGAACACAAAGCCGCCACGUUCCUCCGCGCGCCAUCGGAUCUCUGUUAUAUGAAUGACAGUUAGUGUUCGCGUUGGGACAAAAUUGUCAUUUCAUAAUCCUAAUUGUUAAUACUAAUUAAUUUAAUUAUUUUAAUUUAUUAAUUUAAUUAUUUGUUUGAGGAGAAUUUCAAUUUGCAAUUGCGUUUGUCUGAAUUAUCUAUCCUUCGGUAGAGUCAUAUUCAGACACAAAGGGAGAAGAGAAGAGAAGAGAAGAGUUACUCAGAAUAAACAAGUUACAGACUUCCAUAUGUAAGACAGACGGUGAAGAUAGGAUUUAUUUGUGCUGUCAAAUUACCUCCUUUUGUGGUUUAUGAUUUUGUUGAGUCUUCACUAUGAGUGGUGUACCUAAGAGACCUCAUGAUGAGACUGUUCAUCAAUCUUCAAAGCACCCACAUGAAGAUUCUGGUGCAUAUUCAAAGUUAAUUCCAUCAGUUUCCGGUGAGCACCAUCUUCCUUAUGAUAUAGGUCAAGAUUCCCGUGAUCACCUCUUCACUCAGUGUAUCGGAUGCCAUCAUCUUUCAAUGAUUCCCAUGCAGAUCAUGCCACUGGAACUGAGAAUAGGAUAGAAUCAAAGGAUCUAAAGGAAAAUAGAGAUCUCCGGUUUGAGAAUCGUGAUACAAAGGCAGAGAAGGAGUUGCCUGGUGAAGCAAGAAGGGAUUCUCAGAUUGCUAAGAGUGAGAAGGAUGUGCGUGUUGAAGGUAGAUCAGAUGACAACAAGGAUACUAGACAUGAUCAGGAUAUUUAUAAUGAUUCAACCAGUGACAUUAAAAAAGACAAGGAUGGCUUUGGUGUGGUAAGCAGCCACUUGAAUUGGAAAGAAUCAAAAGAAUACAGGGGGAAAAGAUAUCCUGAUGUUCCAAGUGGAAGUUUGGACCCUUGGCAUAUUUCACGGGGGAAUACACCAAUUGAAGUUGGGAAGCAGAGGAUGGACAGCUCGACAGCAGAAGAAAGGGACUAUUUGGAAGCUCAUGAGGCUGUUGGGGAAAACAAAAUUGACUCUAAAAGCGAAGAUAGAUUCAAAGACAGAAAGAGAAGGGAUGUAAAGCAUCGCGAGUUGGGGGACAAGGAAAAAGAAAGAAGUGAUCACAGAAAUAUUAUGCAGGUUAACAAUACUAGUGGUGAAGGCAAAGAACCCUCCAAAGAAGAGAGAGAUGUAGAAAAAUGGGACAAGGAGAGGAAAGAUCUUCCAAAAGAAAGAGAUAAUUCAAAAGAUAGAGAAAAAGAUAAUCUCAAAAGGGAAUUAUGGAAUGGAAUGGAGAAAGAAGUUUCAAAUAAUGAGAAGGAGCUUGGUGAUGGAUCCGCAAAAAUCACAGAGAAAGAACCAGAACAGAAGAAACUAAAAGAUGCUGACAGCUGGAAAAAUGUUGACAGAGAAGGUAGAGAGAGGAGGAAAGAAAGGGAUGGUGAUGUGGAGGGAGAUAGGCCUGAAAAACGCAGUAAAUUUGACAAGCAAUCAGAAGAUGGCAGUGCUGAUGGGGAAGAGACAGGAGAUAAGGAGAGGGAAGUCCACAACUAUAAUGUUCAACAUCGUAAGAGGAUACAAAGAUCAAGGGGAAGCCCUCAGUUGGUCAAUCGCGAGCCUCGUUUUAGAUCCCAUGGCCAACAUGAUGACGAGUCUCAAGGUAAAACAGAAGUAACUUCUGUUGUUUAUAGAGCUGGUGAAAGCAUGCAAGAGCUGAUAAAGUUGUGGGAUGAUUAUGCAUCAUCUCAAUCUCAAGUGGAGAAAAAUGGUGAAUGCUCUAAUAGUGGCCCUACUCUUGAGAUUCGGAUACCAGCUGAGAAUGUUACUGCUACAAACCGCCAAGUCAGAGGUGGCCAGCUAUGGGGAACUGAUGUCUACACAUAUGACUCAGAUCUUGUUGCAGUUCUCAUGCAUACAGGUUACUGUCGCCCAACAGCUUCUCCGCCUCCAACGGCUAUACAAGAGUUGCGUGCAACCAUUCGUGUGCUACCAAGACAGGAUUGCUAUAUUUCUACCCUAAGAAACAAUGUACGUUCCCGUGCCUGGGGUGCUGCAACAAUUGGUUGUAGUUAUAGAGUUGAGCGGUGUUGCAUAGUGAAGAGAGGAGGUGGAACGAUUGAUCUUGAACCGUGCCUUACGCAUACAUCAACCAUCGAGCCAACCCUUGCACCAGUAGCUGUUGAGCGGACAAUGACCACCAGGGCUGCAGCUUCGAAUGCAUUGCGGCAGCAAAGAUUUGUUAGGGAAGUCACAAUACAGUACAACCUAUGCAAUGAACCUUGGAUUAAAUAUAGUAUAAGCAUUGUUGCUGACAAGGGUCUCAAAAAGGCACUUUAUACAUCUGCUCGGUUGAAGAAGGGGGAAGUUUUGUAUCUAGAGACGCACUCAUGCAGAUAUGAACUUGGUUUUGCCGGAGAGAAAAUGGUCAAGACUACACCCAGCAGUCAGUUGCAUAACCCAGAUGCAGAAAAAUCUCAAAAUCACCAUCAUUCUGCAAAUGGGGACAAAGCCGAUUCUGAUAGCGUCAUGAUUGAUGUGUUUCGCUGGUCUCGGUGUAAGAAGCCUUUACCCCAGAAAGUUAUGCGCACCAUUGGCAUCCCUCUGCCUCCUGAACAUGUAGAGGUACUGGAGGAGAACCUAGACUGGGAAGACGUACAAUGGUCGCAAACUGGUGUUUGGAUUGCUGGAAAGGAGUAUACACUAGCACGGGUCCAUUUCUUGUCAAUGAAUUAAUUAACCUCAGGUGGAAAAGUGGUGUCAAAAUGGUGAGGGGUGAUAGAAUAGUCUUUUUUAUUUAUUUGGUGGGUGUGGGGAGAAGUAAUACGUCGACAUAACACUAACACUUGCAUGUAAUUAAGUUAUAAAAAGAAAAAGAACAAGACAGAUAUAGUCAGUUCAUGUAACUAGAACAUGUUUGUUUCCAAUAAAAAUGCUUUGCAUUGUUUA